CUCCCCGCCCGCGGGCCCCGGACAGACGAGAAGAUGCGCUGCGCGCCGCCGGGGCUGCUGCUCGCCCAGCUGCACGCCUGCAUCUUCUGGAGCGGGCUGUGGCCCGCCGGCUGCCAGCCGCCCCCCGCCGCAUGGAGGCAGCGCAUCCAGUGGGAGAACAACGGACAGGUGUACAGCCUGCUCAGCCAGGGCGCUCAGUACCAGCCCCCGCGGCGCCGGCAGGCGGCCGAGCCGGCGAGCAGCCCCGUGCUGCUGCUCCGCGGGAACGGCUCUGUGCCGCUGGCCAACGCCGCCCAGCCCCAGCCCGAGUCCCAGCCCCAACCCCAGCCUCAGCCCCGGCCCCAGCCCGGCGGCAGCCGCGGCUCGGGCGCCCGACAUUGGUUCCAGGCCGGCUAUCGGGCGCCCUCCGAGCCGCGGCGCCGCCAGUCCUUCCUCGGCAGCCCCGCGGUCCGGCGGCCCCGGCGACGAGAGUGAGCGGAGCGCCGGCGGGCUGCCGCGCCCAGCGGUCUGCGAGCCGGGCGGGAGGACGUGAUGGUGGGCGACGACCCCUACAGCCCCUACAAGUACACGGACGAUAACCCCUACUACAACUACUACGACACCUACGAGCGGCCGCGCCAGGGCAGCAGGUACCGGCCCGGGUACGGCACCGGCUACUUCCAGUACGGUCUGCCCGACCUCGUGCCGGACCCCUAUUACAUCCAGGCGUCCACCUACGUGCAGAGGAUGUCCAUGUACAACCUGCGCUGCGCCGCCGAGGAGAACUGCCUGGCCAGUUCAGCUUAUCGAGCGGAUGUUAGAGACUAUGAUAAUCGAGUGCUCUUGAGAUUCCCUCAGAGAGUGAAAAACCAAGGAACUUCAGAUUUCCUACCAAGCAGACCUCGUUAUUCCUGGGAGUGGCACAGCUGUCACCAGCAUUAUCACAGCAUGGAUGAAUUCAGUCACUAUGACUUGCUAGAUGCAAGCUCGCAUAGAAAAGUUGCUGAAGGACACAAAGCAAGUUUCUGCCUUGAAGAUACCUCCUGUGAUUACGGGUAUUACAGACGAUACGCCUGUACAGCACACACACAGGGAUUGAGUCCUGGCUGUUAUGACACUUACAAUGCUGACAUAGAUUGCCAGUGGAUUGAUAUCACAGAUGUGAAACCUGGAAACUACAUUCUGAAGGUCAGUGUAAACCCCAGUUAUUUGGUACCUGAAUCUGAUUACUCCAACAACAUAGUACGCUGUGAUAUACGCUACACUGGCCACCAUGCAUACGCCUCCGGCUGUACAAUUUCACCGUAA